ACCAAAGAGGAAGAAGAAGGCGCGCGUCAUUUACGCGUCUGUGACCUCAUCGUAUGCGCUGCUAUAUUUUGAAAAGCUGGACAGCGGCUGUCAAAGCUCUGCACUUUAUUGUACACGCAAAUUCAUUUUAUGCGACUUGUUAUUAUGGAUCAAAUGUAAGCGAACAUUAAAGCAUGCCAAAGUCUCUGAAAAAGUCCUGCACCACUCAGACCUCCAUCAGCAGGUACUUCGGAGGAUUGAGCAGCAGCAGCAGCAGCUUUGCCUCCAACAAGCAGCGCGGGAUUAACCCAAAUCCUGCAGAGCAGCAACUUUCAAGAGGCAACCAGAAGCUUUCAUCUGAUGAUGAAUUGGAAUUGCCAAGAAAACGAGUUAAGCCUUCUCCAAAGGACCAACAGGCGGAGGAUGUGGAGUGUGAGCCUGCGUCCUGUCAGGGCAUUAAAGACACAAAGCUGACGCUGAGCCGAAAAGCAGGCAGCCUGUGCUCCUCCACGUUGGAGAAGCUGAAAGGCUUCACCUGCGGGGCUGAGCCCAGUGUCGUCAGCAGCAUCACCCGGGAAGAAACAGAGACGGCUGAUGCAGGUCAGGAAAGCAGUGAUUGGUCUCCUCGUUGUGCUACAGGUCAACCUGAAACUACACACAGACUGCAGCAUGCAGAAAGGGAGCAUGAAGGUGAAGAGGAGGAUGAUAAAGAAAAGGCAGAUCUGGGGUUGGCUGCUGCAAAACAGGGAGUUCACUUCUCUCAGUUUGCCAAGACAGGAGGAGGAAAGUGUGCAGAGCUGGGUCCUCCAUUGGACUGUAGCACCUCCUCCAGGCGUUCAAAGAGCAUUUUCACCCCCCUUGAGCAGCAGGUGAUCCAGCUGAAACAGCAGCAUAAGGAUGCUUUGUUGGCUGUGGAGUGUGGUUACAAGUACAGGUUCUUUGGAGAGGAUGCAGAGAUUGCUGCAAAGGAGCUGAACAUCGUCUGUCAUCUGGAUCAUAACUUCAUGACGUGCAGCAUCCCCACACACCGCCUGUUUGUUCAUGUCAGACGGCUGGUGUCUCACGGACACAAGGUCGGAGUGGUUAAACAGACAGAAACAUCUGCGAUCAAAGCGUCAGGGGCCAACAGAAAUACUCUGUUCACUCGUCAGCUCAGCGCCCUGUACACCAAGUCCACUUUGGUGGGAGAGGAUGUAAAUCCGGUCUGCAGACUCGGGGAUGUGGAGGAGGGGGGCUGUGAUGAUGUUGUGUCGGACCCUCCCGACAGUUUCCUGCUUUGUAUUAGUGAGAAUUGGGACAAACUGAAGAAGCAGCUCACUGUAGGCCUUGUGGCAGUUCAGCCCAGCACAGGCGACGUGCUUCUGGACUGUUUUCCUGACGGUCCCUCUCGCUCUGAGCUGGAAUGCCGUGUCCUUAAAAUCAACCCUGUCGAAAUCCUGGUGCCCUCCGACCUCUCAGAGCAAACCGAGAGACUCCUGCACAGCAUUACGAAUGCAAGCGCUCAGGCUGACGACAGAGUCAGAGUAGAGAGGAGGGACAGCGCUGAGUUUGAGUUUGCCUCGGCAAUGAACACAGUCACCUCGUUCUACUGUCACAUCCAGGCGAAAGGCUCUCGCUCUCUGUCGAGCGUCGCGUCCCUGGAGAGCCCAGUGAUCAGCUGUCUGGGGCUGCUCAUCCAGUACCUUCAAGAAUUCAACUUGGAGCGAGUUCUUAGAAGUGAAAGCUCCUUCCGGCGUCUGACCUGCGAGUCGGAGAUUAUGACUCUGAGCGCUGGCACUCUCCGAAAUCUAGAAAUACUCAACAAUCAGACAGAUGGUAGUGUGAAAGGAAGUCUGUUGUGGGUGUUGGACCACACUCGCACUCCGUUUGGAAGGAGACUAAUGAGGAAGUGGGUGAGCCAGCCCCUUACAGACCUGCAGUCUAUAUCCGAGAGGCAGGAUGCAGUGCAGGAAAUCCUGGAGUCGGACUCGCUGACUCUAAAUUCCAUUCGAUCCCUGCUGUCACGUCUGCCAGACUUGGAGCGAGGCAUCUGCAGCAUAUAUCACAAAAAGUCUUCUACUCAGGAAUUUUACCUCAUUACUAGCAAUCUUUCUCGCCUGGGGCUGGAACUGCAGACUUUGCUACCAGCCAUGCGUUCCCAGAUCAGCUCAGGGCUACUUCGAAGCCUUCUGUUGGACACUCCAGACCAGCUGAUUCCAGCCCAAAGCUUCCUAAAGGUGCUCAAUGAAAAGGCAGCCAAGUCAGGGAACAAGACGGAGCUAUUCUCAGAUCUGUCUGGAUUCCCAGUGCUGCAGGAAAGAAUGGAGCAAAUCCAAACUGUCCUCCGUGAGAUUCAAGACCACCGCAAAGACAUCCGUCUGAUACUAAAGGCCCCCGCGCUCGAAUAUACGACCGUUUCUGGACAGGAGUUUCUGAUUGAGGUGAAGAACUCAGUUUCAUCCAUUGUUCCACCUGAAUGGGUCAAAAUCAGCAGUACACCGUCAGUGCUGUCUACUCUGAACACUUCAAAAUCUCUUUUUCUCUCUCUCUACAGUCAGUUUGGGGAGCACUACCACACCAUGAAAAGGGCUAUUAGUCACCUAGCAACCAUGGACUGUCUCUUUUCAUUGGCUGAGGUGGCUAAACAAGGGGACUAUUGCAGGAUGGGAGCUUCAGACAACAUCUACAAAGGCCGCAGUACAUUCAUGGAAGAGCUGACAGAGGCCUCAGACAUAAUUUCCCGUGCGACCAAGCAGUCAUUGGUCAUCCUUGAUGAAUUGGGACGGGGCACAAGCACCCAUGAUGGAAUUGCCAUCGCCUAUGCCACCCUGGAAUAUUUCAUCAAAGAUGUGAAAGCCCUAACCCUGUUUGUAACCCAUUAUCCUCCUCUGUGUGAGCUGGAGCGGGUGUAUCCUGAACAUGUGUCUAACUACCACAUGGCUUUCUUGCUCAAUGAACCUGAUAUCUCUGCUGACACUGAUGAUGGAGAAGUUCAGCCAGAGUUCAUUACCUUCUUAUACCAGUUAACUGAAGGAGCUGCAGGGCGGAGCUAUGGUCUGAACGUUGCCCGACUGGCUGACAUCCCAGAUCCUGUACUGCUCACUGCUGCUCACAAAGCCAGAGAGCUGGAGAAAGUGGUCGACGCUAGAAGAAAGAAUAAGAAACUUCUCUCAGAUCUUUGGAGGAUCUCCGACAGAUCGUCCCUCAUGAAAUGGCUGCAGUUAAACUCUUGACAUCACCGGAACAUUAUUCACACCAUUGUAUGAAGAAAAAAGUCCUAAUACCAGUGAAUGGGAAUACUUUGAGAAGAACAAAAGUACAAAUAUGCUGACCUGAUGGAGUACGUGAUGCUGCUCCUUUUCUAGUGUGUACGUGUGGAUUUGUGGGGAAAAAAAGGAUUUUAACCAUCUCAGGUUCUGACAGUCAUCACCUUUUCCACUGUAACUGUCAUAACGUCAAUAAUGCCAACUGAUCAAGAUUGUAGUUAUUUAAUAAUUAUUAAAAAAAAAUUAAAACCUGCCUUACUUGCUGGUCUUCGACGCCAUGCUGAUUUAGCAUAUUUUAAUUCCAUUCGGUUCCUGUCCAUAUAUGGCAUCCACAAAACCAAUUGUACAACUUCGCUUAUGAUAGCAGGUUUAGUUUAGUUAUGUUUAUUCACGAAUCAAUCAAAGUUCAACUUCAAACCUGAUUAAUAUUUUAAAU